AGGUCAGGGAGCCCGGUCGCGGAUCAGAUCGACCCAGCGCCGUACCUGCGGCUCCUGCAGCGCAUCGAUUCCGAGAUUCCGGCCAAUCAGAGGGGCGACUUGCUGGUGUUUGUGGCGGGUACGGCAGACAUAUCGGCGCUUUGUACGGCACUGGCACCGUACGCGGAGCAAACCCGCAGAUGGGUCAUUCUGCCCCUCCACGCUAGUCUGCCGCUGGAGGCGCAAGAGAAAGUAUUCGAUGUGGCGCCUGAGGGGGUGCGGAAGGCCAUUAUCUCCACCAACAUAGCGGAAACUUCCCUCACCAUCGACGGCGUGCGAUUCGUGGCUGACAGCGGCCGGGCCAAGGAGAUGAUCCACGAUGUAGCUAGCGGCGGUGGCAGCUUGCAGGAGGGUUGGAUUAGCCGUGCUAGUGCGGAUCAACGGAAGGGGCGAGCGGGGCGCACCGGGCCUGGCACCUGCUACCGAUUGUACAGUGAGGCGCAGUACAACGACAUGCGCGCCUUCAGUGCGCCCGAGAUCGCCCGCGUUCGGUUGGAGGCGGUUGUGUUGGGGAUCAAGGCGAUGGCGGGCAACGCGAUGGACCCACGGGUCUUUGGCUUCAUCGACCCGCCUCCACCCGACCGCCUAGAGGCGUCGAUAACCACUCUCAAACAGAUCGGCGCGCUGAGCCCCUCCGAGGCGCUCACCCCCCUUGGUGCCGUACUCAGCCUGCUGCCCGUGGAUGUGGCCAUUGGCAAGCUGCUGGUGCUGGGCUGCAUGUACGGCAUGGCGGGUCCCGCCCUCACGCUGGCUGCUGCGCUCAGUGUUCAGUCGCCCUUUGUCAAGCUGGGCGAGGAGGAGCAUGACCAGGAGGCCAAGGCCGCGCGCGCCUCCCUCGUCUCGCCUCACGGGGACGCGCUUACGCUGCUCAACGUGUUCGAGACCUGGCUGGCGGUGAAGGCGGGCGGUGGGGCGGGUGGCAGCAGCGGCAGG